AUAGAAUCGCAGAUGCGGUAAUGGUAGAAAAAUGAAAAGGUGAAGACGUGUAGUCCUCGUCCACAAUUACCCAUUUACCCCCAUGGUCCCCAUCCAUCAUCUAUUAUAAAUUAGAAUUUAUGUAUUCACCCAUUUUUCUGCCAUCCUUGUUAACUUUGUUAGGGCUUGAAUCAGUGACUGCCCCCACUCUAUUUAAUAAUGGAGUAGUAAAUAGGGAUAAUUAAGUAAUUGAUGGAGGGUGAAUCUAGCGAAAAGAUUUUGAUUAGACAAGCUCUAUUGGAGAGUGAUUUGCGAGACGACGACGCUAAGUAUGUUCACCAAGGCGACGCUUCUUUCUCCAAGACUCUCUUCAAUGGCCUCAAUGCUCUUUCAGGAGUUGGAAUACUGUCAGUACCAUAUGCUCUAGCAUCAGGUGGUUGGUUAAGUGUGCUACUACUGUUUGCCAUUGCCGUGGCAGCUUUUUAUGCGGGCUUGCUUAUUAAACGAUGUAUGGAAGUGGAUCCAAGUAUAACAUCUUUCCCUGACAUUGGAGAACGUGCAUUUGGGAAUAUAGGGAGAACAGUUGUAACGGUGUUUAUGUGUGCAGAGCUGUACUUGGUCGUAACAGGUUUCUUGAUUGUGGAAGGAGACAAUCUACAUAAUCUUUUUCCAAAAAUGAACUUCAAUGUCUUUGGUUUAGAACUUGGAGGAAGAAAAGGUUUUGUGUUGAUUGUUGCGCUUCUUAUUACUCCUUCCGUUUGGUUGAGUAACAUAAGUAUCCUUUCUUACAUAUCCGCUACUGGUGUUAUAGCUUCUGUAAUGAUAAUUAUAUCGGUUUUAUGGGUUGGCACAUUUGAGGGUAUUGGAUUCCACAGCAAAGGUGAGCUUCUGAAUUGGUCAGGGAUCCCUACGGCUGUCAGCUUAUAUGGCUUCUGUUAUUGUGCUCAUCCUGUUUUCCCUACUCUGUACCACUCCAUGAAGAAAAAGCACAACUUCUCAAAGGUACUACUGUUAUGUUUCGUCUGCAUGACCAUCAGUUAUGCUUCCAUCGCAAUAUUUGGCUAUCUGAUGUUCGGUUCAAAGUUAAAUCCAGAGAUAACUCUAAACCUUCCAAUUGAAAAACUGAGCUCAAAAGUGGCAAUAUAUACAACAUUGGUCAGUCCACUUUCUAAAUACGCACUUAUGUUAGAACCAGUUGCCAGUGCAACUGAGAGCUGGUUUCCGAAUUACCACAAGAAAAGGUCCUUCAGAAUUCUCAUCCGGACAGCUCUUGUUGCUAGUCAAGCUAUUAUAGCGCUAAAUCUUCCUUUCUUUGGGCAUUUUAUAUCUCUGGUCGGAUCAUUUUUAAGCGUUACUGCAUCAAUUACGAUUCCAUGCUUGUGCUUCUGGAAGAUUUCAGGUUCUAGACUAGGAAGUGAACAAGCUCUUAUCAUAGCCGUUUUGCAUUCUGACACCCCAUACACAUUCAGUAUACUCAUUGCAAUAUUUGGUACCUAUACGUCUUUGUUACAUCUUCUACAGGGUACCGUUUUGCCUUACUAACUACUGGUUUAUGGUUUGUAUGAAAUUCAUAGAAAACAUCAUACUUUUCUGCAUGACUUGCUUUCUAGUGUAUGAAACGAUAAAAGAAAUGACAUUAACAAGAGGAUAGAUCCAAGAAGAUUGUAUCUUCA